CCGACUAAAACUGUGUUUUAUUUACAAAAAGUGAUGCCGGCUACUUUUAGAGACCGUUCCCAGUUGUUUUAAAGUAUUUUUGUUAUUUUUGGCUCUUAUUUCUCGCCUAUUUCUUGUGUGGUUUUUACACUACGCGUAUAAUGGCGAGCUCGGCUAACUCGAACCCAGUGCCUAAACUGUAUCGGGGCGUGAUCGAGGAUGUGAUCAACGAAGUGAGAGAGCUGUUCCUGGAUGAGGGGGUGGACGAACAGGUGUUGCUGGAAUUGAAAACGCUCUGGGAGAACAAGCUGAUGCAGUCCAAGGCGGUGGAGGGCUUCCACACGGAGGAGCAGGCGGCGCUGCAGGCCACGCAGCAGGCCCAGCAGCAGGCCCAGCAGGCCUCCCAGCCCGCCGCCGCCAAACACAUGCUCCAGCCGCUGCAGCAGCAAGCCCGACUGCCUACCCACCCUCACAAACUCAACCCACACGCCUACCAUGCUCCCCAGCAGCAAGUCAUUGUUCAGGAUCCCAAGAUCCUCCAGCAUAUGAGUGCUACCGGCAUGAGUGCAGCAGCAACUGCAGCAACCCUUGCCCUGCCCACUGGAGUCACCCCUUACCAGCAGCUCAUCACAAGCCAAGGCCAGAUCCUCCAGGUGGUGCGUGCCCCUAACGGAGCCCAGUACAUCAUCCAGCAGCCCCAGCAGCAGAUCCUCCUGCAGCAGCAGAUGCAGCCGGGCGGUGUCCAGGCCCCUGUGAUUCAGCAGGUACGCCCCAUCACGCAGGUCCUCGCUCCGAUGCAGGGAGCUCUACCCCAGCAGACGGGGGUCAUCAUCCAGCCCCAGCAGCUGGUCCUCGCCUCUGGGAACAAGGUCCAGGGGAACCAGCAGGUGAUGCAGGCCAUGGCCUCCCAGCCGGGCCAGGUGCCCACGGGACAGGUGCAGCAGAUCCAGCAGGUCCAACAGAUCCAGCAGGUGCAGCAAGUCCAGCAGGUGCAGCAAGUCCAGCAAGUGCAACAGGUGCAGCAGGUCCAGGGGGCGGUAGCGCAGGUCACCCAGCAGCAGCAGCAGCAGCAGCAGCAGCAGCAGCAGCAGCAGCAGCAGCCGCAGCAGCCUCCCAUGAUGCUGCAGGUGGACGGGCCGGGGGACACCUCCUCGGAGGAAGACGAGGAGGAGGAGGAGGAGUAUGACGAGGACGAAGAGGAGGAGAAGGAAAAGGACGGAGGGGAGGACGGGCAGGUGGAAGAGGAGCCGCUGAACAGUGAAGACGAUGUGAGCGACGAAGAGGACCAGGAGCUGUUUGACACAGAGAAUGUAGUUGUGUGCCAGUACGACAAGAUCCACAGAAGCAAGAACAAGUGGAAGUUCCACCUGAAGGACGGAAUCAUGAACCUCAACGGCAAAGACUAUGUGUUCUCCAAGGCUAUCGGAGACGCAGAGUGGUGAAGGAACGGCGACCGCACGGAGAAGAAACAAUGCGCUCUCGAUCAACCUAGAGAGCCAAACUUUGGAACUCCUCUUUUCCGGUGACGCGCUCCCGCCGGGCUACCCCCCCGGAACCGGUGUCCGAGCAACCAGAUCUACUUCAGGAGUCCGGGUUUGAAAAAGAUACUGAACUAAAGUCUGAGCCGGUGAAGUGCAGAACCGAGCAGACCUUCAAGCCUUGUGGGACGAGAGGCCGAGGCGGUCCGGGAACGGACAAGAUUCAUGUUCUUUUAUUUUAGUCGUCCUCUUUUCAGGCCGCCUCCUCCUCCUGAGAUUCUUGUCCAAAUUGAUUUCCCAUCACAUCCGUGAAGUAGCUUACUGGCGCAGUGUGCCAAGGUCACUCCACCCCCCCCCCCCCCCCCC